AUGACGAGUUAUGUAAUCAUAUCAACUUGUUAUAAACUAAUCCCUUUCAAUAAACCUUCAACAUUCAUAUCAAUGAAUAAAGGUGAAAAAUAUUUUCAAUCAUUUGAAUCUAAUCAAAUUUAUACCAUACAAGGUAUAUUAAAUUGUAGUUUGAAUUAUUGUACAAUAUCCAAUAUAUUAACUAUAAAAAUUAUGAAUGCGGAUAAUUUAAAAUUUCCAUUCGAAUUAACAAAUUAUUAUACAUAUAUCAUAAUAACUUUAUUCACAUGGGAUAAUGAUCAUCAAUAUUGGAUUCUAUUAGAUGAUCAACAAAGAACAACUCAUUAUGUGAAUGGAUUCAAACCAAUAUGGAAUGAAUUAUUUAAUUUUCAUAUAAUACAAUCAAAAUUAGUUGAAAUAAAUUUAAGUAUUGAAUUAUAUAUAAAUGAUUCUAUUGGUCAAGAUAAAUGUAUUGGAUAUCUAGAUAUACUACUUAAUAAUAUUAAUACAAAUUUAUACUUUAAUCAAGAAUAUAGAUUUACAGAAAUGUUAAAAUUAUAUACAAGUAAUUUAUCGGAUUUAGGUGAAAUAUGUAUUGGUUUACAAUAUAAUAAUAAUAAUAAUAUUAAUAGUAAUAAUGAUGAUCCGUGUUGUCUUCAUAUUCGUUUAAUUGAAUUACGCAAUCUUAACCUUGAAAAUAUUAUUCAAUCAUCAAUAUCAUCAACUGAGAAUAAAGUUUAUGUUAUGGUUUAUAUAAUUCGUUAUAAUAAACUAAUUCAAUAUGAAAGGAUUAAAUCAUAUAAAGAUUUACAAAAUUUCUAUUUUAAUCAUACGAUGAAUGUCAAUUUAAACAAAAUUGAUCAUUUAAAAGAUGUACAAAUUUAUAUUCAAUUAUAUUAUAUUAAACAAAUAUUAGGUGAAAUAAAUAUUGGAUUACAAUAUCCACAUACAACAGGAUAUAAACAUUGGUUAGAAAUGUUUAAAAAUCCAUUGAAUAUGAAUAUCAUGUGGCAUAUUUGGAAUCCGACAUCAUCAUCAUCAUCACCAUAAUAUAUAUGUAUUUCAAUAGUUGAGAUCAUGAGUUAAUUGAAGUUAGAUCACUAUGGAAAACCUGGAAGUACUGAGUGGAUCCAGAGUUCUAAUCUCGAAAGGUGGAGUCGUAGAUGUACACUACUGAGGAGU